UGUGUGUGUGUGUGUGUGUGUGUGUGUGUGCGUGCGUGUGUGUGUUUAUGUUUGUUCCUCUGUAGUUUUAGGGCAUCUGCCACUCAUUCACCUACUCAUGCAUAAUGAUGUCAUUAGUGAUAGUGAACUAAUUAUGACCGUGGUAGCACUGUCAGAAGGAAGGUUUAGUCAUCAGUAAGAGACACUCUAUCCUUCUAGAACUGCCUGUGAUCUGUGCUGCGUGUUUGUCUCCUCCGCAGUGUCAUUUCCAUGUUGGUGAGGUCUGAUAUGUGCAUUUUUAUUUUGACAGUUUGCCGUGCUGAGAUUGCGAGGUGAAAGAUCAUGACGUGACCCCAUCCACAAGCUGCAUUACCCAGUCAGCUACCAGCAUGGCAUACCCUAUUCUCCUCCCUCCUCUCCCACCCCCUCCCCGCAACUGCUCCACAGCCUUAGAGGAGCGCAACUGCUCCUUUGCUAACCUGUCAGCAAGCGCAGCUUAUGGCAGUGAUGAGUGUGACAGCAGCAAGACCCUGUUUGUCAUCAUGGCAAUAGCCUACAGUGCCGUGGCUUUGCUGGGUGUGGUGGGCAACCUGGCUCUUAUCCUUGCCAUCAUCCGACAGCGAGAGAUGCACAAUGUUACCAACAUUUUGAUUGCGAACCUGUCACUGUCAGACUUGUUGAUGGCGCUGGUGUGCCUGCCCUUUACCUUUGUCUACACCUUCAUGGACCACUGGGUGUUCGGUGUGAUUCUGUGCAAGCUCAAUGGACUGGUGCAGUGUUGCUCGGUGACCGUCUCCAUCUUCUCACUGGUUCUCAUCGCCAUGGAGAGGCAUCAGUUGAUCCUGCAUCCCCGCGGCUGGAGACCCACGACACGCCAUGCCUGCUUUGGCAUCGCUGCCAUCUGGACCCUGGGAUUGGCAACAGCCGCCCCCUUCCUGCUGUUCUCCAUGGUAACGGACACCCCACUGACUCAGCUGCCACCGGAGAUGAGUGAACAGUUCCGUGGGAAGGUGGUGUGUGUGGAGGCCUGGCCUUCCAGAAGCUUCAAACUGUCUUACACCACUUCCAUGCUUUUCCUCCAGUACAUCACACCACUCCUGUUCAUUUUUGUCUGCUACUACAAGAUCUACGCACGUCUACGACGGCGGCGCAACAUGAUGGAGCGCAUCCGCGAGAGCCGGCAGCGCAACAGCGAGAUGCGGCGCAUCAACAUCAUGCUCUUCAGCAUCGUGGUGGCCUUCGCCGUCUGCUGGCUGCCACUCAACGUCUUCAACGCCAUCAUCGACUGGCACCACGAGGUGGUCAUGAACUGCACGCACGACCCGCUCUUCUCCCUCUGCCACCUGCUGGCCAUGGCCUCGGCCGGGGUCAACCCCGUCUUCUACGGCUUCCUCAACCGCAACUUCCAGAAGGACCUCCGCGGCUUCUCUCUGUGUCGGCUGAGCCGGGGCCAGCCCCAGGAGGAGUACGACACGGUGGCCAUGUCCACCAUGCACACCGAGGUCUCCCGCACCUCCCUCAAACUCGGCAGCCUUGACAUCUGAGGCCAGACAGACUACGCUUUUUAAACUUUUUGGGUGACCGUUUGUGUGUGUACAGGUAGGCGUGUGUGUACUUUUGUUGCGAGAGUUGCAGCACUUCAGAAAGAUUAACUUAGUAAACUCCACAUCAGACUUUGACCUCGGAAUGACUCAUAAUUACGUGGUCUGAUUGGAGGUGCGAGACACUUCAUGUGAGGAGAGGGGAGAGAGGGCUCAAGACAUCAGUGAAAGUGCUAGCAUUCAGAUCUAGGGGGCGAUAUAGAUAUGGAACAACAGCAUGGACGUGAGAGUUGUUGAUAGAUUGAGUCAGUCAGAAGCAUCCUCACUCUGACUCUGUGUCAGGAACAUGAGGUUUGUCAGGAACACAUCAGCGCAUACAUUGAUUGAAGGCGAAUUUCUCCUGUUAAUUGCCACCAGCGGGAGUGAGUGCCAUUGAUGACUUCUGCUGUGCGAUUCAUGUCACUCAUCCUGUCUUUGCCUGUCUGCUUGCAUGAGUGUGUGUGAGUAUGAGUGUGUGUGUGUGUGUGUGAGAGAGAGAUGAGUGUGAGACGUGGUGGUGAAUAUGUUACUGUCAACACUUAUUCUGUGUUCCCUUGACUUAAUUUGUUUUGACACUGAAAAGAAAAAAAUGAGGGGUAGUGGAGAGGAGGCCAGGAAUGUCUCCCUUCCGCCGUCUCAUGGAAAACAACAGUGCUCUUUUACUUACCAGCUUGCUGAAUGUCAAAUUGAAGAUAUUAAGAUUGUUUUGUAUGUUGUGUGUUAGCAGUGUUUUUAUUCUGAAAUAGAACCAAAUUGUUUAGCUCUCACUUAAACCACUUAAAGGUUUCUGUGAUUACCUCAACACAAGCAUUACAGAAAACGGUGUAACUGCAUACAUAAACUGUAUAACCACAUCCAGGUGUAAGUAUAGGGUAAUAUAUGAGUUUUAAUGUCGAUCUUCUGGAGAUGUUAUGCAUUACUUGCCAAGACAUAACAGACAGAAACUAUAAUGUAGCUUUAAAAAGAAGUGAAUGUGUGUGCUUUCCCCCAUGAAGACUGUUUGACUUGAAAAAAAUGCUUUUCAUGAUGCAGCUUCUGAUGUUUGGACUCUGCAAGCAUUAUAAUCAUAUUGAAAUGGUUGUAAACAAGUAUUUAAGCAUCUGGGUUAUAGAAACAUGCAGCUCUACGAUGAUCAUAGCUUAGUUUCUCUGUACAGUGUGGUCACGUGCUGUUCACCUAGCCAAAAAAAUACUGAAGCUUGCAAAUGUAUGUGUUAUUAUUCAUAUAUAUAUAUAUAUACAAUAGUUUGAGUUUUCAAAUGUCAGAAGAACACCGUAGAGGAAAAUGUCACUGUGCAUUAACCAGUUCUUUAAGAAGCUGUGCUUGCAAAUGACCCAGGAUCUGAUCCGGGCUUGAAGUGUUUUUGUGUGUGUGUGUGUGUGUGUGUGUGUGUGUGUGUGUGUGUAUGUGUGUGUGUGUGUGUGUCUGUGUGAGUAAUGUUGUAGGAUCCUGAGUCAACGGAGGUCAUUUCUUUGAUAUGAAACAGUACAUAACAGAGCGGCUCUUUUGAAGCGGCCGGCAUCAGAGUUGGAGUCUAGGUGGGCAGUUCCAUGUGAAGAGGCCCAAUCCCCUGUUUAAGGCAGAAAGCAAAGGCUAUCAUUUACUGUUUGGACAGACUAGACUGAUCUUGGAUGUGAUGUGCUGGUGGUGCUACCCACAAUCUUCUCACAACCCAUUGACACAGAGAGGUGGGGUUGGCAGGAGCACACAACACAGAUUGUGCCUUUGAGAAGUAGUCAAGAUUGUUUUGUAAAACUGGACUGUGCUCGUUUUUUUACACACUUAGCAAGAUCAUUUCAGAUAUUUGUAUCUACAGUAGUUGGGCUUAUUCGUGAAAAAAAAUGUAUAUAGAUCUAGUGAAAAGGUACAUCAUUUUUACAUUCCACCAAAGAUUGCAUAUGCUUCUCAUUUUCGUUCUUUUUGUCCCUCUUACCGCUGAUGUUUCAUUUCUGCGUUUCUUUUUGAUGACUUGCUUUGUGCUGUUUUGUUUUAUUAGCUUUUGUCAUGCUGGGCUGUGUGCUGUUUUGAAUGAUCCACAAAUUUGUGUUUGUACUGACUGCUUUUUUUCAUGUUCCUCAAAAAGCCGCUGGACAUGCUAAAGACCACAGACAGGAGACAUAUCAAAACACAUGUAAUAAUAACUGACAGCACGCACACACACACACGCACACACACACACAGCCGAUCUCCAUACUUGGCGCAAACAAUUCUAAUCAAAUGUCUUAUUUUACCAUCAGGGAGAGGGACUAUGGGGUAGGUAUCUAUUUACAAAGUCUUUUCUCUCUUUGAAGACAUACAUAGUCAAUUAGAUCAGAAAUUGAAUGGUGGUCUGUUUACAUUGUAUCUUGGUCAGUAUUUUCUAUUAAAAUAUUUGCUUGUGAUUUUUUUAAAAUAUUUCUUUAGUAUACUUGUCUAUGUGCCAAUUACACUGGUCCUGACACUGUAGACUUUACACUUGAUGUCCAAUAAAAUGAUUUGUCACAAUA